AUGCCGCCGCUCUAUGCCAGGGCGUCUAUAGCUACGGGAGCCUGUCUGAUGCUGUGGGGGCUCGACACUGGCAGCAUAGGCCCCAUAACAGCAAUGGAGACUUUCAAGACCUCAUUCGGUCACUUCUCCGCCAUCCUCCACGGCGCAAUCGUCUCAACCCUUCUUAUAACCGGCACGAUCAGCGCCCUCCUAGCAGGCAUGCUAGCAGACCAACUCGGCCGAGUCGCCAUGAUAUCUACCGGCGCCGCCGUCUUCGGCCUCGGGGCCGCCAUCGAAUGCGGUGCCGUCCACCUCGCAAUGUUCAUCGCCGGCCGCGCCGUAAAGGGUCUCGGUACGGGACUCUUCGUCAGCACCGUCGCCGUGCAGAUCUGCGAAAUCACGCCCGCCAAGACGCGAGGUUUCUGGGUUGCGUUCUCACAGUUCAUGCUUACGGUGGGAUUAUCCCUGGGGUAUUUCAUCUGCUACGGAACGCGUCGUGUGGCGGAUUCGUCGGCGUCUUGGCGGGUGCCGCUGGCUGUUGAGGCGAUUCUGGGAUUUGGACUCGCUGCGACGACGCUUUUUGUGCCGCAGUCGCCUCGAUGGUUGGUGGCCAAGGGUCAAGUCGACAAGGCUCGGCUUGUCUUUACACAGCUAGGCAUCAGCGAGGAGGAGCAGCGGGAGAUGCUGGCGUCCAAGGGCGUUCAGGAGGCAGCAGCAGCCGCAGUACAUCCUCCCAACAUGAGCAUGGCGGACACCGUCAGAGCGACGAUCCAUGAUUUCCGGAAAGCUUUGUCCAGGCCUUUCCGCUCUCGCACUGCUUUUGGAUGCUUCUUGAUGGCUGCCCAGCAGACCAGCUUCAUCGACGGAAUUCUGUAUUACGCCCCCUUACUGUUCCGUCAAUCAGGUCUCUCAGAGGAAACAACAUUCCUCUGUUCGGGAAUCCUGGCUUUGGUGAUCAUGGUAGUCACUAUCCUGGCCACCAUCUUCACAGAUAGCUGGGGCCGUCGGACCUGUACCAUAGUAGGAGGGACUGGCAUCGCCAUUCUCAUGUUCCUGAUGGGUUCCUUGUACGCCGCCAACCAGGUCCGUGUCGAUGGGGGUGCCGGACGGUGGGUGGUGAUUGUAUCCAUCUACCUCUUCGCCGUCGUUUUCAAUGGCACUUGGGCUAUUUGCAUCAAGGCCUUCCUGGUUGAGAGUCUCCCGCGCGAGACGAGGUCUAGCGGUGCGGCGCUGGGACAGGCUGCCAACUGGUUGGCCAAUUUCGUUGUUGCUCUGACGGCGCCGCCCUUUCUCGCUGCCUCAUCUUCGGGGCCGUACUUCUUUUACGGCGGAUGUACGCUGGUAAGCGUUGUCGUCUGCGCAGUUUGGAUGACGGAGACGAAGAGCCAGAGUCUAGAGGCUAUUGAGGCGGCGUAUCUUGAGCGUAAAUCGGGCAAGGUUGAUGAGAAGAUGACAUGGACGACGACGACGGAGGGUUUGAGCGGUUCAGAAGAGACUUAG